AUGGCAAUUGACUCUUAUUCGACAGUCACCUCUUCACAAAGGGGGUAUCAGCUCACAUGGCUUAAUUUUUCCUUGCUUCUCUUUCUCAUCACUGUCCUCUCCACACCCUCAGUAUCUUCUUCUACAACUUCACCCUCUUACACCAAUCAUUGCGCUUCAGUAGUUCCUGAGUCAACCCCAACUGAUCCCGAAUACCACACGACCUUACCACCUCUCCAGAUACUGACCGGUCCCUACACUGGUGGUGACAAAAUUCUUGGCAACAGCUCAUCUCAUUUCUCCCUUGAUUACAAUAAAUAUCAUACCUACUUCCGUACAACCCGAAACCUUUAUAAAACCAAAGCCAGCGGUGUUUACAAGGUUGAGGCCUACUUGCUCUUCAGUGGUGUUCUGAAUAAUGCAACUUAUCGGAGAGAUCCACUGACAUUCAUACUAAAAGGGUUCUGGUCUGAAUCUUCUGGCAUGCUUUGCAUGUUGGGCUCAGCAUCUCGGCACUCAAGAGAAGGUAACUCUCUUAAACUUGACGCUGUUCUUAAGCUUAAUUAUGCUAAGAAUGCAACUAUCUUUACUAGCUUGGUUAGUGGAACAUUGGAGAGCUUGAGUUCUCCUCAUGAUUCGAAUUACUUUGAACCAAUUUCAAUUUUGUCGUUUCCUUCCAUGAGUUACUACAACUACACAUUGGUUUCAGAGGAAUUCGAUAAUGGGUGUCCUGGUGGAAUUGAUAUUCCACCGAAUGGCUCUCUUGGAUUGCAACCGAGAAGUAUUUGUUCAAUGCUCUCGAGGCAAUUCAGGACUUUUAUGUUGAAGUAUGCCAGCGAGUGCAAUUCUUCCCAGAACUGUACUCCCUUUGGCAAGGGUUUUGGGUAUUCGUUCAUGUCCUUGUCUAAAAUUCAGUGUUCUGAGGAUGUACAAAAGCUACGGUAUCUUGUAGAAUUUUCAAACAGUAGAUAUGGUGGGUAUUAUUACCAACCUUUCAAUCCCAACAUGGGAUUGGUUGCAGAAGGAUCAUGGGAUAGAAAGAAGAACCAGCUCUGCAUCGUUGCGUGCCGGAUCUUGAAUCCCUAUGACUCUUUGGGAAAUGCUCAUGUUGGGGAUUGUUCAACUAGGUUGAGCUUGAGAUUCCCUGCAGUCUGGUCAAUCAAACAAAGAUUGGGUAUUGUUGGGCAAAUUUGGAGUAACAGAACUGUAAAUGAUUCUGGGUACUUCAAUAGAAUCAGGUUUGGAGGUGGUUCUUUGAUGGGUGUUCCUGGUAUGAAGUAUGAGUAUACUGAAAUAGACAGAGUAAAAACGUUAUGCCCAGUAAAGAAGCUUUUUAAAACCAAGGGGAUGAGAUACCCAAGGGGAAAUUUUUAUGAUAUGAGAUUCCGCACGUCGGUAAAAGAUUCUAAAGGAAGAACUGUUUGGGGUUCUGUGGUCCCUGUCUCUGUGGGUGAUCAGUUUUAUAACCGUGCGUAUGUUGAGAUUAUCCAUGCAAACUCAACAGAAGCCAACCAUAAUAGCCCAUUAAAUAUCAGCUAUAAGAUAAGGUUCCCUCCAUUAGCUGGUGGCAAAUCUAAUCUGAGUAUUGAUGGUGAGGAGGAAAUUUCUGCUGAGGGGAUCUAUGAUGAGCAAACAGGACACCUCUGUAUGGUAGGCUGUAAAGAGCUGGGUUCAUCCAUUCAGGAACCAAAUAUGGACUGUGAAAUUCUUUUGAAAUUCCAGUUCUCUCCAGUAAAUGCAAAGAAGGGAGGUUUUAUUAAGGGAAGCAUUGAAAGCACAAGGAAACAUUCAGAUCCUCUUUUCUUUGAUCGUUUGGACUUAUCCUCAACAGCUUUCUAUACUGUUGAAGCUAAACGAUCCAUCUGGAGGAUGGAUUUGGAGAUCACAAUGUCUCUAAUCUCUAACACACUUGCAUGUGUCUUUGUGGGGUUGCAACUCUUUCAUGUCAAAAAGCACCCUGAUGUGCUUCCUUCUAUUUCACUGGUCAUGCUUGUGAUUCUUACUUUGGGGCACAUGAUUCCUCUUCUGCUCAACUUUGAAGCCCUCUUCUUGGUAAAUCAUAAUAGACAAAAUGUGUUGCUUGGGACCGGUGGAUGGCUUGAAGUGAAUGAGGUGACUGUGAGGAUGAUUACAAUGGUGGUUUUCUUGCUUCAAUUCCUUAAUCUCCAACUGGCUUGGUCUGCGCGAUCUGGUGAUGGGAACCAAAAGGGACUUUGGAUUGCUGAAGCCAAGACACUUUUUGUGACUAUAGCAUUCUACAUAUCAGGGGCACUUAUUGCGUUGUUCAUGAAUUGGAUGAAGAACAAAAAUGACAAGAUAGCAUUGUCUUCUCACUCUGUUGCUUACCAACAACAUAGCCUCUGGGGGGAUUUGAGAUCUUAUGCUGGUUUGGUCGUGGAUGGUUUUUUGUUCCCCCAAAUCCUUCUCAACACAUUCCGGACUUCAAAAGAGAAUUCUCUUUCUCGUUCAUUUUACAUUGGCACUACCUUUGUUCGAAUGCAACCACAUGCAUAUGAUCUUUACAGGGCUCACAACUUCGUUCCCCAGCAUUUCAAUGGCUCGUACAUUUACGCGAAUCCUACUGCAGAUUUUUACUCCACUGCUUGGGAUGUGAUCAUCCCUUGUGGGGGUAUAAUCUUUGCGGUGAUCAUCUUCCUGCAGCAGCGAUUUGGGGGUCGUUGUAUACUUCCUCGGAGAUUCAGGGAAUUGGAAUUGUAUGAGAAGGUGCCUGUAGUCUGCAAUGGGUAG